AUGCUUCCCGAGGCAGGAUCGAGUACCCGGAUUCACUACAAAAACCACGUGGAGGCGGUGUUGGUGACCUCCGGGUCAACCGAGCUGCGUUGGAUGGGAUUCAAGGGAUGUAUGGGGAGCUGGAGCUGCUUCAGCCACACCAGACUGAGGGAGCUGCUCGGCAAGGGCUGGAAGGGCAAGCAGGCUGCCAUCGAGGGCUUUGCCGUCUUCAAGCUGGAGCCAGGCUCCUUCUAUGGCUUGGGCGGUCAAGAAUGCCAUGUGGUCCGGGCAUCCCCAAAUGGUGAUCUGUGCGUGUCUUGCGCCUUCAACCCGCCCGUCGAUGGCGCGGAAGACCACAACGCAGAAGGCGUCUACCCUGCCAUUGGGGCCGACGGCGUGCCCCGCUACGGCUUCGCCGAAGCGGAGGUUCCACGGCUCUUCUGCCCACCGGACAGCCUGAAAGGUGGCUCGCAAGAGACAAAGCCUGCCCUUCCGCUCACCCUGCAAACCAGGCAUGGUGCCGUGGUGCUGAAGCACCCCUGCGCCGAGGACGGUGCCUCAAUGUGGUCGCUGGCCCAAAGCGCCGGCUUGGACGCCAACUCCGCGUAUUGCUACAUCAUCCAUUGCAUGUACUUCCCUACCACCUGCAUGGUGGCGAAGACGUCGGCGGGCCGCGUCGUUGGUUUCGUCCUCGGCUUCACGCCGCCCGCCGAGCCUGACACGUACUUCGCCUGGCAGAUCGCCGUGGACAGCGAGUUCCGGCGCUGCCGGCUGGCGCUGACCAUGCUGGAGGCACUGCGCCAGCGCGUAGCCGCGCGCUUUGUGACCGCGUCGGCGACCUUGGCAAGCGCGACGCCGGCGCUGCUGGCCUCCCUGGCCGCCGCAAAUGACACCAGCCUCGAGAAGAAGGUUGGCUGGCUGCCGGAGGGCAUGUUCCCAGCGACUUCGCCUGCUCCGCCAGAGACCCUGUACGUGGUGGGGCCCCUGGGCCCGGAGCGGGAACCUGAGCGUGCAGGAUCUGUGCCGGGCAUCCGCCAGCCCAGCCCCUACGCCACGCGCGGCUCGCAGAGCGGCGCCGUGCUGCGAGUGCACCCCGUGGUGUGGCCUGGGCACUUGAGCAAGCCACUCAGCCAAGCAUUGUUGAAUGCUUAUGAGGAGCAGGGAUUUUGCAUACUCCGCGCUGUCGUUCCACGGGAGCAGAUCGAGGCUUGCCACAAGUUCCUGGAUGGCCAAGUGAAGUCAGUGAAGGAACCGUCGCGAGUGGAUGCUUCCUGCCGCCUGGUUACGGAGGCCGGGUCUUCGGCACUUCGCAGCAUCUUCGCCGUGCACGAGGAUGCCGACAGCCCCGUAGCGGAGCUCGCCACAUCUCCGUUGAUCACGCAGUUUGCGAGGCAGGUUCUGGCGGACGAUGUGUACAUCCACCAGUCGAGGGUCAACCUUCAGACAGCCUUCAAGGGCGCGGGCUUCUCCUGGCAUAGUGACUUCGAGACCUGGCACGCCGAGGAUGGCAUGCCCUGCCCUCGCAGUGCCUCAGUCGUGGUCUACUUGGACAAGAACGUAGAGAGCAACGGCGCAUUGAUGGUUGUGCCUGGCUCGCACAAGAGCUUCCUUCGCUGCCGCGGUCGGCAGGACGGCGCAAACUGGGAGAAGUCCCUGCAAUCACAGGCGCAGCUGAAAAAAUGGCAGAAGCCGUUUCCCUUUUUGGGGCAAGUUGGUGGCACACAGCUUUUCCGCACACCUAUGGUAUCUAAGAAGAAGCAGCUCCGAUGUCAUACCCGCGGCGAGGAAGACCACAACAGAAGCUUGGCAGGUGAUGUUGCGAAUGCUAAGUGGUCGGAGGUGCUUCGUUCGGCAUGCUGGUGGUAUUUCAUCGUUCAGCUGAGGUUGCUCUAG